AUGGAUAAUGAAAAUAUAAGGUAUAAGAACAGGGAUUUACCUUCCCAAGAAGUCCCGCUGAGCAUCCACGGGAAAUUUAAGAAAAAUCUGUCCAAUUUGGGAGAGAAAUCUAUCCAGUCAAGUGAAGAAUCGUUUUAUAUCAAUAGUUUACAAGAUGGAUCAUUAAGGAAUGUUGAAAGUAGUAUUACGCAUGGUAGUGAAAUGAGCGGAAAGUCAAAAUUGCCUCCUAUUAUGUUUGGCAGAAGGGAAAAUGAAGGAAAUCUUUUUCCAAAACUAGGUGGUAGCAAUGCCUCUAAUUUCAGCAACCAAAGCCCAUUUUCUAGUAUUUACAAAAACCGAAUUGCUUUGGAAAAUACUUUAAGAGAUAAAAUUCGUACUGGAGAAGAAAAAAUUAACCAAAAAGUCAAAGGAAAGCCUCAUCACAGGAAUCAUUCUUACUCAGUCGAUUCAAAUACCUUUAAGAAGAAGUUAUCUCUUAAAGGAUCUGGAAAUACUGAACAGUCACUAGUAAUUGCUGAAGACAUUUCUUUGGAGGAUACUCCCCCAAAGAAAAAGCUUAACUUAACAAAAAGACAGAGAAAUAAAAGAAAAGAAGCUGUAAAUUUAUCUUUAGCAGCCCCAGUAACUAAAAGAUUAUCCAACGGAGAAGAGUCUAAGAGAUACCAAGAAGUUGUGGAAUCAGUAGAGAAGCAUGUCAAUAAGUUCGCUUAUCUUUUCCCUGACCUUCGGAAGAAAAAGUUUGACCUUCUCACUCAGAUACUUGGGAAGAGCAAUAAUAAUGGUUCAUCUCGAUUAAUUGAAAAUAUAAUGCCAAAUGUAUCUGAGAAGAAUACGAAUCUAACAAAGAGCAGAGAUCAGUUGCAUAAAUAAAUCUGCUUCAGUAGUGAAUACUAAUAAGGCAGCUGAAAUUGAGUCAAAAAUAAUCCCAAGAGAGCAUAAGAAAAGGCUUAAAGAGCCUACAACAAACAGAAAAGAAAGAAAAAGGAGUCAAAAGCAACCCAAAGAAAUCCUAAUUGAGCCAACUGAGAAAGAAAAAUAUGUCCCUUACAAAGGAGCAGUUACGAACAAAUAUAUUGAAUUUGGUGGCCUUGGUCUUAACAAAGAUCAAGACUGGACGAUUGCCCAAGAAAGAAGAAGAAAUAUGCUAAAUUUCUCCAGUAGAGUUAAAGAGAACACAUUGAAGAAAGCAGCUGAAAAGUCUAAAUCUAUAAUGAACAAGUCUCUUCCUAUUGGUAAUGAAACUCUACAUACACUUCAUGAGAGAAGAGGAAAGGCUAUAGACUAUGCAAAACAUAUUCAAAAGCCCAAGCUUCCGAAUUAUACCACUGUGGAGGACUUCCCAGAUGAGCGAUUUGUGAAGUAUGAUAAUAACGAAUACCUGCUUGAAAACCAGAAGAUAAAAAUGCUUUUCGGAUAA